AUGAUUGAUAUUCCUAACAUUAAAAUUUCAGAACUUUUUUAUAACCUUCCUAAACUCAACUUGCACAAUGAAGCUGAAGAUGCUUUAUCCGAUUUUAUCUGUAACACGCAAAUAUAUCUCAUUCAAACUGAAGUGAAUGCAAAUUCAUUGAAUCUUACAACAAAAAUUGUAUGCAACUCACAAAAAUCAAUAAUCUUCUACAAAACAUCUCCACUGGAUCUAUCAAAAGAAGAUGUCAUUAAUAAUAUUAACAUAAUUACAAUAACUGAGGGAGCAGCAGAAUCCUUGUAUCAGAUUUUGAGACAGAUAUUUAACCCUUUGCUAACUCUGGGAGAUGAUUUAUAUACGAACAAAUUACAGAAAAAUCUUUUUGACCUGGAAACCAACUUGAGAGCCAUAGCACACGGUAGAAACAGUGGAAACUUAAAUGUUGUUUUAUCGGUCGAAGAUGAAGUAAACUAUUGGAAAGCAAUGGGAGAAAAAAGAGAUAUCUCAAAAAAGGAAAGAGAGGCGGCUUCUAAUUUCUGUGUAUUGUUUGAAGAUGUUUGUGAGGAAAUAAGGUCUAUGAAAGCAGUUCCACUUCAAGACGUAAGAGAUAAUGCAGAGAACGUUGGUGGCAUUUUGGAUGACAUUUGGCGGUACACUUUGGUGCAAUAUCCGCAAGAUCGAAUGACACAUAUACUGGAUAUUAUCGGUCAUGUCAUUUGCGCAAUAAUCCAAAAGGCGUUGAGCGGCAUCGACUUAUGGAGAGUGCAUAACGACAAGCAAGAUAACGAAACAUUGAAAUUAAUCAGUGAGAGUGUGAAUGUGGUACAGACUUGGAUCGGCGCUUGCACCAGCCUCACCGAAACCUACUGGCCCAAUUACGCUCUGCACCCGUGGGCCGGUGAAGGAUAUGUGCCGCAAUUCUGCUUGAAUUUCGAGAGGAGGACGAAAGAGAUUCACGAUAUAAGGUCCACAUAUAACCAACUAAACAAACUACUAACGAAUAAAGAAAAAACGGAAUUGAAGACCGAUGGACUUUUUGACGCAUUUGCAGAUGUAAACCUGUGGAUGUGUAAUGGACAAAAUUCAACAUGGGGAAAUGCAGUGUUAAAAUUUUCCUCUAAUCUAAGACCAGCUGAGGCGAAAAUUGCAGAGAAAUUAAGACCCAGGCUACACAACACGUCUACGAAACAAAUGCUAUACGAAUUCGUACGUUACAAGACCCUCAUAAACAGGCCAGUCGUGAAGCAGGCUUUGAGCAGCGAACUGGAGAUCUUUCUCUCGUCGCUCAUGGAGAUGUUGAGAGAUAUAAAGGAGCAGUUGGACUCUGACGAGGCUGACGUUAAGAUGUACAGACCGCCCGAAAUGUCGCCCCUUGUGCAACAGAUUCAAUGGGCAAAGCAGAUGGAGUCUAAAGUGAAGGACAUUCAAAUGUGUGCCGAUAAUUAUUUGAAAGAAUUUGAAGGCAGUGUCGCAGUUUCGCAGCUUGCUGAAAAAUUGUUGAAAGAUCUGAAGAAUUCGUACAAACAAUUACACGAGGAGUGGUCAAGAGACAUCCAGGCGCAAGUGAAGUCGGGCGCGCUGCGGCUGUCCAUAGACAAGCCGGUGGUUGAGUUUUCGGCAGAGAGCCGCCUGAUGGUGGUCAACUACAAUCCGCGGCUCGUGUGGACGGAGUUGGAAGCACGGGCGCUGGCUGCCCUAGGGUUGCCGACCCCCGACGCAGCUAAGGCGAUCGACGCCCUAGCCGCCUCGUUGCGAUACGCGCGCGCCCUCCAACAGGUGGCGUCAUUCCAUAACACGCUUGGUGAAAGAAUGAUCCAGUCGACCCGGCCCAUGAUGCUGCAAGCCGCCCUGGACUUGUCCGCACUGGUCCAAGAGCAGAAGGCGGUCUACUGGAACGACGUUGAGCAACUCUCCAUCUACACAGAGAAGUUGAAAGCGAUGGUUCUAAAGCUGGAGACGCAGAAUUCCUACCUGACGAGCCAACACGUAGCUAUAAGGAACGUGGUGGAGAGGCUGUUAGAUACGGAUCUGCUUGUGAAACAAACUGAAUGGAAAAAAGGCAUUAAAGAGAUUAGGGAUAUAAUUGAAAAGGUGGAGGGGAAUGGAUACAAGAACACCGAGCAAUGGCGCUCCCAUUGGGACUGGCAGCUUUAUAAAGCGCUCGAAUGUCAGUACAUAAAGACGCUGCUCUCCCUGCAUAAGCACUUCCCUCACGUCAGAGUCGAUUUGGUGCUUCGGGGACGCAUGGUGCGUUUACAGCCGCCGUUGGAAGAGAUACGCGUGCAACAUUACCACCAGCUGCGGCGUCUCGUAUCACUACCGGCGCAGUUCGUUGGGCUGAGCAGUAACAUCGCCGCGAAUCAGUCGAUAUUCGCUUCGAUCGUCGAUAAGCACAGUUGGCUGGGCAACGGGGCGGUGGGGCGGCUGGAGGCGGCCCUGGGCGGGCUGGAGGGCAGCCGCGCGGCCUGGGCCCGCCGGCUGGCGCUCGCCUGCGUGCCCGACCUGGACGCGCUCUGCCAAGAACACCUCGCCCAGCCCCAGCACUGGGAGGCCAACUUCAGGGCCUGCAAGGCAUACGGCCAGGCGGUCGCCAAGAUGACCUUCGAGGACGAGAAGAUAGAGUGGAUAAGCGUGUGCACGGCGACGCUGCGGCGCGAGUUCGAGGCGCAGGCGCGCUCGCUGUGGGCCGCCCUCGUGGCCUCGCUGCAGGGCAGCUGCCGCGCGGACAGCGCUGCGCUGGACGCGUUCCUCGCCGGCGCGGCGCUGGCGCUGGACGCGAGGCGCCCGCCCGCCAACGCCAAGGAGCUCGCCGAGAUGAGCGCCAAGCAGAAAGCGCUGCAGGACAAGAUGCCCGAGAUGGAAAUCAUGGUGGAAAGUUUGAAACGGAAGGGUCACAUGUUACGCACAUGGGGCGGCGACUCUUUCGUCGAUGGCGCGGUCAAGGAGUGGCAGAAGGUUCGCGAACGAAUGCUCGACCAGCAACAGAUGUUCCAACAUCAGGAGGAACUGGUGAAAACGGCCCUGAGGUCCGAGUGGGACAACUUGGGGUCUGGCGUGGAGGCGUGGGUGUCCCGCUGGGGGCAGGCGCGGACUAAGCUAGAGGGUUCCCAGGACAUACCAUACGCGGAGAUGGCGCUUCGCUGCCGAUCCGUUUUCGACGCGCACGCGCAAUGGUGUACCUUCCUCGCCGAAAGGGAGCGCCUGAAGAACGAAUGUGAAAAGUUCAAUAUGGAUAUUGCAUUAUCCGAUGCUUGGAAAGAUGGCGAAGAACUGAUGAAAGAAUAUCUCGACCAUUGGACUGUAUUAAGAGAUUAUAAUGAAGAUUAUGAAGCGAUUGCCGAGCAGGAAUGGAUCGUAUUUCAAAAGAAGCUCCAUCUAUUGGAUGAACUGGUCGAGAAAUGGUCCGCAAAGUUGGAGCCUUAUACUACUCUAACAUUGUACCUCAAACAACAACUAGAGCAGUAUACUGAUCUCACUAUAGUACUAAAGUACCUACGUGGCUCCGAUUUCACCGAGAUUCAUUGGGGAGAGGUGUUCAGUCUGCUUGAGCUCGAGUACAAACCGCCAGAAACGUUGAAAGUUAAGGACCUGCUUGAUGCGGCCGCAAAUAUCAAGAAACAAGUGAAAACAUUGCAGAGGAUCCACGCGUCCGCGGCCAACGAGUCGGCAGUGCGCAGCGCCCUCAAGGAGUUGGAGCUGUGGUACGCGGGCGCCAGGCUCUCGCUGGUGAACCACGCCGACGCCAAGGGACGGCCGGUGCCAGUCGUCAACAACUUCAAGGACGUCCUGACCAAGGUUGAGGAGAAACAAUGGGUGGUGUCUUCUUUGGGUGGUGGUGGAGAUGCGUGCACCACGUGGGAUUCGCGGCUGAAGGCGGCACGCCAGCUGCUAAGGGCCGCACACCGUGCCCAACGAAGG